AUAAAUCUGGAGUAUUCGGUAAACAGUGGAGUUUGUUUCUUCGCUAACCUUAGUUUCAAUACUGUCGUUAUGGAUAUUAAAGUUGGAACAAAACUGUGUUUCGUUGUGAUUGCUAUUUUUAUUGUGAUGAUGAUUGUUCUGUCAGAAGAAAUACCGUUUUAUUUGACGUACAAAAAGGUCGAUUUAAACCGGGCUUUGUUGUGUACUGGAAAAAGGGAUCUAGGACAAUCGGUGCCCGAAAAAAGCAAGAUACUCGGAAAGGUUACAUCUUUGUUUGAUAUUCCAAUUAACUUCUACUCUAAGCAUAAAACAAAUACAAGUUUCACGAAAAUACAGUCUACCAGUAUUCCAAACAAGAUCAUUGACAUACUGCUCUACAAAGAGCAACCCUUCGCGACGGAACGUGCGGUCAAUAAGUGGCUAUCAAAUUGCUUCUAUAAUAACUGCAAAGCAACAAAUAAGCAUGCCCAAUGGAAAAACGUAUCUGCAGUUGUAUAUUAUUAUCACGCGGCCUUUGGAAUUGAUAAAGAUCCACCCAUCAGUAGAGCUGAACGUGACCCUAAUCAAGUAUGGGUGUACCUUAACCACGAACCACCUUUGAAAAUUAAUGCUCAAAACUUUAAGUCAAAAACAUGGUUAAAUACCUUCAAUUGGACAAUGACUUAUCGCUUCGAUUCAGAUGUAUUCAUACCGUAUGGAAGUUUGGCGACCAAAUAUUCACCUCAGCAUAAAGACUACAGUGCUAUUUAUAAUAUGAAAACAGACGUUGCAUUUUGGAUGGUGGGUGACUGCAAAGCUGAAAGUGGCCGGGAUGCUUUUGUGUAUGAACUUCAGAAACAUGGAUUGAAAGUCAACACAUACGGAUCCUGUGGUCAGGGAAAACUGGACACUAACAAAACGCAGGAGGCGUUACAGAGACAUAAAUUCUAUCUAGCUUUGGAGAACACUUUUUGUAAGGAUUAUGUUACGGAAAAAUUCUUUGAUCGAUACAACGAUGAUCUUAUUCUAGUGGUCAGAGGUGGUGCAGAUUAUGAUACGAUUUUACCUACAGGAACGUAUGUAAAUGCUGGCAACUUUGAAACAAUACAGGAUCUUGCAAACUAUUUAAUUGAGUUGGGAAAUGACAAAAACAAGUAUAUGGAUAUGAUGAAACGCAAAGACACUUAUAAAAGUAUCCCUGACACAUUUGGUUCCCAGUACGGAUUUUGUGAUUUGUGUGAAAAAUUGAACAAAGUAAACCUUUACAAGAACUCGUAUGAAAACAUUGCGGAUCAUUUACAGAAUGAUCAAUGCUGGCUUGCGAAGGAUGUAUCAGUAGAUAUAAAAGUGAAUAGGUUUGUUGAUGUCCAUAAAACGUUUCUUUGUAGCUGACCGAACAAUACAUAUUUUGAAAUGAUUAAAGAUACAAUAGCAUUGCACAAAGCCCUCAAAUGAACAGUAUGCCCCAAAACCAAGACUGCAUUUCAGAUUGCAUGAAUUUUGUGCUCAUAUAGAAACACAUUUUUAAAUCCAAUAUUUUAGCUGGGUAAAUGAAUUGUGCUUACUACAUGUAUUUGAUAUAAAGACCAUAACAAAAUGUAAUUACAAAUACUCUAAAUGCAACAUAUCAUUUCAAUACAAUCACGUCUGCACUUAAACAAGUACUUGUCCUAAAUUCAGUAUUGUUCCAACAUUUAAGAUUGAGACUUUGGACGUGAUAUUGACUUUUUUUGAAAUUAAAACACACGUGUCAGUUUCAAUUAUAUGAAGACACUGAUGACAGAAAUAAAACAAAAACAUAUUGAUACGGCUAUUAUUUGACAAAGUUUGGCCCAAUAUCACAAAAAAAUCAAAAUCUCAAUCUCGUACCUAACUCAUUUUACCACAUAAAAGCACAAUUUUAUUCAUUUUUUGCAUGUUUUCAUUCUUUUUGAAAUCAUUCUUAUUUAAUUGAAUAUGUUGAUAAAAAUAUUGUCAAUAUUUCAGAAAUAAAAUAAUUCUAGAGCAAACAUAUACUUGCAUAUAGAGCAAUUGUUAAAAAAUAAUGGAUUAUGCUCAAACAAUAUUUUGUCUGUGGAAUAUUUUCCCUUUUGAAACCAAAGGUUUUAUUCAACAUAGUCUAUGAUGAAAUGCGCAUUUAAAGAUGUUAAAACAUAUACGAUUUUAAUAACUUUUGGUGUUAUAUGGUAAAAUGCGUUGAGAUUGACUUAAGUAGUUAAUUGAUCAAUAUUGGGGGAAGAUAACCAUAUAACGUUGAUGUACAUUCCAACUGAUACAACUUCUUUUGUGAACUUUGGUCAAGGCAUAAUUUAAUUUUAUUUAUUUCAUUAUUAUAAGUAUAACAAUGAGGUCUUCUUUAAAUUUUAUUAAUAAAUAAAUUCGUAUAUAAAAAUAAAUUAAAGGCUUCAUUGUUGGAAUAUUUGUUUUGACCAAGCUCAUUUUUGGGAUGAAAUUUUACCUAUUGAUGAAAACAUUUUAAUUUGAACAUUUUGGGUAUCGUUCUUACAGACAGUGAAACAAAUCUGUUUAUAAACGCUGAAAAAAUGAUUCCUAUUUCUUUAGUUUGAAACAAGCUGAAAUUGAAGUAGUAGUCGCGUUUUCGACUGCCCGUUUAUUAAUUUUAAUAUGACACCGAUCUUGAUUCACGCUUCAGAGAUCUUGAAUGAGGGUAAACAUGUUAAAUUUAUGUAAAAUAUACUCUACUGAACCCUUUCAGCAAACAUGUAAAACAUUAUUAGCAUUACAUCAUUGUUGAUUAUUUGUGAAAGUUUCCAACGUAUGUUAUUGUUUACUCGUUUAAUAAUUUGAUUGCGGUAAAAUAGACAUUUAAAAUACCAGCGCGAUCGAUUACAACAUACACCUGUAUUGUUAAGGUUAUUUUCACAAUGGCAAGCUAUUCCACAAAAGAGAAUAGAAACCAUUGUAUACAUUCUAUGCGUAAGCGAUGUUAAACUUUCAAAAAUAAUUUGGGUAGAUAUAUGCGUCGUUGAUUUUAGAAUUUUAGUUUUAGGUUGAUUUGAUAACAUGCGUGUGUGAUCCAAAAUAUCAUCAGUUGUUCAAAACUAAAUUUUGCUACAUGAUUAAAAAAUAAUCAAUCUCAAUGUUGUUUUAUUGCUAUAUUGACCGCUGACCUAAUUAAAGAUAUUUUCGACAUCAAAAGUAAUAGGGUGUCUAAUUGUACUGAGUAUAUCUGCUCGAAAUAAUACUAUACCUAUGCAAGUUAAGUAGUGAUUUGUGACCUUAUGAAUGUGUGUUUUAAGGCCUUUUAUUUUAUUGUUUGUUUCACGUACCGCCAUGAUUGAAUAUGCUCGUAGGAGGAGGGAUUUCUUUCUUCAAAACUUUUAUAUUUAGGUAGGAAAAGAAACAUUAACAAAAAGGCUACUAAUUAAAAAUUUAAUACUGUAUACACCUUACACAGUUGGUUUGCAGCACCAGUGCUAUAUUUUACAAUAGUUUUAUUCCAAGGACUGAAAAGUUACUGCCUGGAUGGUGUUCAUAUCAUUGAAUAUUAACAGAAGUUGAAUCUAUUGAAUAUUUAUACUUGGAGUGUUAUGAAACACAACAACUAUGGAAUAAAUGAAGACUAUAAAGCCUAAUUUAACAUUGUCUAGAUUUACUGAUGUACAUGUUUAAAAUCAGUCCGGUUUAAAAUGUAUUGCCGUUUGUAAAUCAAGUUCUUUGCGAAUAUCCCAGAUCACACUACUGUGUCAUUCACAUUUAUGAGUCAGUCAUGCUUUAGCGUAUUCAAAUAUCUGUUACUGACAGACGGGUUUUUUCGUUGUAUUGACACACUUAGUGAGUGGUCUGAUCAUUGCCCACUGUCAUAUAUUAACAAAGCAAAUAGUGCUGUUUGUUUUGUUGAGCCUUCAUCUGAAAUUGUUUUGAUAAAAUCAUAGUAUUAUUAGAAACCCAAGUAUGUACAAGUUUAUCGAACAAUU